AUGGGGGAAAUUCCAAACUCUACUCAUACGACCAUCAACAAUAUAACAAUGAGCACAAAAGUCACACCAGCAAAUGCCAAGGUAGACCAUAUCAUCAAUCUCAAAGGGACUUCCAAUUUCAUCGCAUGGAGGGACAACAUGCAAAACAUCUUGAAAGACUGUGGAGUCUACAGACACAUUGAAGGGUCUGAAAACAGGACUGCAAGAUAUCCUGUUUCCCCCAAACCCAACAAACCAGCCGUAGACGUAUCUGACAAUAUUAUAGCAGUAUAUUGCAAAUGGUGGAGUGAUGACAACAGCAUCAAAAUUCUAAUCACUUGGAAAGUGUCGGCACUUGUCAAGUCAAACCUCAACAUUGGUCAAGACAUCACCGCACGGAUAGUCUGGAAUCAAAUCCUGACAAGAUAUGCUUGUGUCAACAUUAAUGCAAAAUUUGCCAUUAAAAAAAAGCUUGCGUCAAUGAAACUUAAAGACUACACCAAGAUUGAGAAAUACCUGGGAGAGUUCCGCAUGGGCAAAGAACAACUCAAGGACAUGGGGGUUAACUACCCCAAGAGUGACAUCAUACAUCACAUAAUUCACGGCCUUCCUUCUAUGGGCGCAUGGCCAAACUUUAAGCAACUAAUGAUACAGCUGUAUCAAGAUACCUUAGAUCGCAAUAAGACGGCUAGAGAUGAAGGACGCACACUCUUUGCUCCAAAUACUGCCCUUGAAAGGAUCACUUCUUGCCUAACCAUUGAAUGUCAGUGUCUGGAGGCUGAAUCUACUAGCAAGCGUCACCCACCUGGCUCCAAGUAUUCCAACUUUUUGAAUGACAAUAGACCCAUUGCAAAAUAUGCAAAUAACCCGAACGGGGUUAGAUGCACUAACUGCAAAAAUUGGUCACACGAUAAGGACCACUGCUGGGCAAAAGGUGGCGGGAUGGAAGGUCAAGGCCCUGCUUACCAUGUAGCAGUCGCAGCCAAGAGAACAGAGAUGGCAUCGGUUGCAAUGGAGUCAACCUCUUUAGACAGCAGUGAAAUAUCAUGUGUAUUAAUUGAAGAAAUUAAUGACAGCGCACCAAAUACACCUUUGACCACCACAACCUCUUUGCUAUUGACUUCCAUCCUACUUGAUUUGGGUGCAACUUUGCACAUCAUCAAAUCGCGCGCACUCUUUCAUACAUACUCUGAGGCUGACACGCAAAACGUUACAACGGCCAAUCUUAGAACACUUCGCACGCAAGGUGGCGGCACCUGCAUCAUCAAUGUCAUGUACAGUAUCAAGGAAAAUCAAUCCAUUUAA